AUGUCAACACUGUCAAUCAACGAAGCUGGUAGGAGCUCCGUUUCUGCUGAGCGGGCAGAAUCAUCUCCAGUUACUGGAUAUAUCGACAAUGAGGACCAUGGGCUGGCUCAUCAGGGUAUUGACACGUCAAGUGGUUUUCGAAUGCCUAUUAGGAUUCUUGGUGCUUUCUUUGUUUUCUUCAAUGGGACUUACAUUUGCUUUUGGGUCCUUCCAAAGCUUUUAUGCGCUGGAGUACAUUCGAUCUUCUACCUCAUCCAACAUAUCAUGGGUCGAUUAUUUGACCUUGGCUACUAUCGUACGCUCUUGAUAACUGGCAGCUGCCUGGCUACCUGCGGUACCAUCAGUCUUAGCUUCUCCCGCGAAUACGUCGCCAUAAUCCUUAGUCAGGGAGUUUGCACAGGGCUUGGAUUUGGCCUACUCUACGUUCCCACAAUUUCCUUCAUCAACAAAUGUUUCCCUCAAAAGCGUGCGCUAGCCCUUGGCAUUGCCACGAGUGGAGCGCCCGCGGGUGGGAUUGUAUACACAACAAUCUUCAAUCAACUUAUCACAAAGAUCCAAUUUGCCUGGACCGUCCGCGUCUUAGGGUUGGUGAUGUGCCUUCUUUUUCUCGCUGCUAGUGCGAUCCUUCUUCCCACGAGUCCAAGGAGAAAACAUUCGAGAUCUACUGAAAAAAUGAAGGUUAUUGACCUAAGAGCACUCAAAGAUAUUCCGUUUUGGAGUUAUACACUUGCGAACUUCUUUCUCUACCUUGGCUAUAUUACGCCAUACUUCUACAUUCCGACGUAUGCGCAAACGAGACUACAUACAACUUCUGUCUUUGCUUCCAAUAUUCUAAUAAUCACGCAAGUAUCUUCAAUCAUUGGCCGGGUUGCCACCACAAUUAUCGCUCACCACUUUGGAUCAAUGAUGCCUUGGAUAUUUUGCGGCACGUUGUCGGGUGUUUUGUGCCUUUGUUGGACGACUGCAGACACAUCCCUGCGCUUUAUUGCUUUUUCAGCGUUUUACGGUGAGUUCAUAUUGCUAAAGCUGGUAAUAUAUCUUUUACUGAAUCGUCCAGGUGGAGUUUCAGGUGCACUGAUUCCCCUACCACAAAGCGUUUUCCCACAUAUUUGCCCUAAUCAAGCAGUCCUUGGAACCUGGCUUGGCAUGGCGCAGAGUAUGGGAAGUUUUGCAUCGCUUUUGGGGCCACCGGUCGCAGGCUUGUUGGGGUCACUUCAGGGACACAAUAAUAGCAAGAUCAGCUUCACAAAUAUUCAGGAUUUCAGCGGCAGUGUCAUGAUAUUUGGGGCGAUACAGCUCGUUGGACUGUGGUACCUCCUGUGCAAAAAGAGAAAUAAGCCCAGGAUUUUCUAG